GGAAUCAAUCGAUUUUUACAAGUUAGAUCGAAAUCUGAUUAUCAUAAAUUAAAUUCACAUUAGCACCCAAUGUCUACUAGUGAUAGUAUGAGGAAGUCUAUUCAGGCUCAGGUGGACAAGCAACGUGCAGCUGAAGCAUUGAGGAUUGCCACUCAUGGUAACCAGCAUUUACAUCACCAACAGCAUCUCCAUAGUCAAGGCACCGAAGAUCAUCAUCACCAUCACCAUCAGCAAUUGCUCUUACAGCAGCAGCAACAACAACAACAACAACAUCCUCAACAACAACAACAUCCUCAACAACAUCCUCAACAACAACAACAACAACUGCAGCAACAUCCUCAACAACAACAUCCUCAACAGCAGCAACAGCUGCAACCGCAACAACAUCCUCAACCAGAUCAAUAUUUGGGUCACCAGUUAAAACAAGGUGCAUAUGAUUUAACUGAGUUUGAUUUGAAGUCCAGAGAUUCAAAGUAUCGUCGAUGGACACCAAAAAUGGAUCAAUUUUUAAUCAAAUUACUUUCUGAUGUUGUUCAUAGUUAUCCUAAAGGUGCAGAGGCUGAAAUGACUAAAAAAGCUUGGGCUUAUGUAUGUGGACAAUUAAGAAAUGCUAAUCCUGAGACGGUUUAUUCUACUUAUACAAAAUAUUCUGUCCAACAACAUUUAUCCAAUGUUAAUCAUCAUAGAUAUAAAAUUUGGUUUGUAUUAAUGCUUCAUCAAAAAAAUAAUCCUAAUACUUCUGGAUAUUCUUAUAGAUGGAAUCCUGAUUUGGGAAGAUUUCAAAUUCUUGAUAAUUCAACUGGUUCAUUAAUACUUGAGGAUCGUCAAGUAAAAUCAUUAUUAUACAGUGAAUCAUUAUCAUUACCAUCAUUAUCGGCCUUUAAUAAAGGUAAUUUAAUAAUUAAUGAUUUCUUCUUAAGUGAUAAUCUUAAAUAUAUGUCUGUUUAUCAUAAUGAAGUUCUACCUUUAUUAAUAAGAUUAGACAGUCGAUAUGCUGAAGGUUUAGGAGAUAUAUAUAAUGAAAUUCCUCGAUUUGAUUAUCAUGAAGCAAAUCAUGAAUAUUUUAAACCAUUAUUAUCAAGUGGUCGUAGAUUUAAAUAUCAACAUCAAGAUCCAUCACCAAAACAAAAAAAGAGAUCACAUUCUGAUACAGCAAACUCAGACAUUUCAUUACCAUUUUCAAAAGGAUUAUCAUCUAUAGGUACAGAUGUAACUGAUGGUGAAGUUGGACCAUCAGGUCCGGGAGGUCCAGAAGAUGAAUCAGUUGAUCCAGCUCUUAAGAGAAAUAGAACUCUUCAAGAAGCUGCUGGUACAGGACUCGAUUUUGAACAUGAAUUAGAACGUGCUGCUAUUGCUGCUAUAAAUUCUCCUGCAGUUACUAAUGGACGUGAUCAAACUCCUUUCUAUAUAAAAGAUCGUAAAUGGUUUAAUAAACUUAUAAAUCUACAUGAUUCUGGUCAUAUAGGAUCUGAAGAAGUAUUAUCAGUUUGUGAAGGGGUUAGAGAUGGUAAAAUACCCUUAUUUAUGUUAAAUGUUUUGGAUCAAAAUUAUUAUCCAACGAGAAGUAAUAAUAGCAUAACCGAAGAUCUAUCGGAUGAAGAAAUUGCAAAGAGGAUAAGAGUAUUUUUAUUACCAAUGGUAUUCAAUACUUAAUUAAUUGAUAGUCUUGGUUGUCAUCUCCUGUGUUAUAUGUUACUUUUCAACUGUUUUAUUUGUAAUUUUACUGUGCUUUUAGUUCUUACAUCUAUUAUUAUUAUUAUUAUUAUUAUUAUUAUUAUUAUUAUUAUUAUUAUU